CCUCGCUCAGACCUCGCUCGCGGACGAAGGACAAGUUACAGGGUCAGCAGGUACAGUGCGUGCAAGCUUGCAAACUCUCGGUUCUGCGCCCCGCUUGCCAGUGUGCCCUGUUUCCGCUUUUCCUCACGAGGCUGUUGUUACUCCCUCCUUGGAGCGUACUGACUGAGCUCCUCAGACUCUGAAUACUUCCGCCAUCUUAGUACCGGAAUAACCCCAGGGAUCUUGGCAGUGCGUGCCUUGUUUUCCCACGACUUUUCGUGCAAAAACCCCUUGGCAUCACCCCCACAUACCCCAUAGCACACGCCCUAGCCCACGCUCCCUUACACCAUGGUCCUCGCACGCCUCUGCUCCGCCCGGCCACGCCUGAUGAGCAGGCAGGCCUUCUUCAUCCCCGUCCGCUUCUCCCCACAAUAUCCCGUCGUCGCCCGCUCAUUCUCCGGCACCCUCCGCCCCCGCCGCGCCUCCGCUCUCGACGACGAAACCCUCGCCGUCCUCAAUGCCGAACGAGUAGCCGAAGAAGUUGAUGUAUGCAUCGUCGGUGGCGGGCCCGCGGGUCUCAGCGCCGCCAUCCGCCUAAAGCAGCGCGCAGCCGCUGAAGGCAAAGAACUGAACGUGCUGUUAGUCGAAAAGGGCAGCGAAAUCGGGUCGCAUAUCCUUUCUGGCGCAGUGAUUGAACCCCGGGCGCUGAAUGAGCUGAUCCCAGAUUGGAAGGAGAAAGGCGCCCCGUUGAUUACGGAGGCGAAGAAGGACCGGAUGCUGUUUUUGACCGAGAACAACUCGAUUCCGAUUCCGCAUCCGCCGCAGAUGAACAAUAAGGGGAACUAUAUUGUAUCGCUGUCGAAUUUCACGAGGUGGCUGGGCGAACAGGCUGAGGAGUUGGGCGUGGAUGUUUACCCGAGCUUUGCUGCUAGCGAGGUCCUGUACAACGAAGACGGCUCAGUGAAAGGAAUCGCGACGAACGAUGUUGGUAUUGGCAAGGACGGUCGGCCAAAGGACAACUUUGAGCGUGGAAUGGAGAUCCACGCAAAGGUCACAUUGUUCGCGGAGGGUUGCCAUGGACAUUUGACAAAGAAGGUGGCAAAGAAGUUUGAUCUGCGCAAGAACUCUCAGCCACAGACGUAUGCGUUGGGUGUUAAGGAGGUCUGGGAAGUACCCGACGAAAAGUUCGAACCCGGCCUUAUUGUCCACACCCUCGGCUGGCCCAUGGACUACAAAACCUACGGGGGUUCCUUCCUCUACCACUUCGAGGACAACAAAAUUGCCCUCGGCCUCGUUGUCGCUCUCGACUACGAGAACCCAACUCUGAGCCCAUACAAGGAGUUCCAGCGGUAUAAGCAGCACCCGGCAAUUCGAAAGUACCUCGAGGGUGGGAAGGUGCUCAGUUACGGUGCACGUGCGUUGAAUGAGGGAGGGCUACAGAGUAUACCGAAGCUCGUCUUCCCUGGUGGUGCUUUGAUUGGAUGUACCGCUGGGUUCUUGAACGUGCCCAAAAUCAAGGGGACGCACACUGCUAUGAAGAGUGGCAUGCUCGCCGCAGACGCCGCCUUCGAAGCCCUCUCCGAAGAAAAGCCCGGCCCACUCACCCUCGACUCCUACGAAACCUCCAUCCAAAACUCCUGGGUUUACAAAGAACUUAAAGAAGUCCGCAACGUCCGCCCCUCCUUCCACAACCCCCUAGGUCUCUGGGGCGGAAUCGCAUACUCCGGCCUCGACACCCUCAUCCUCAAAGGCCGUACGCCCUGGACGUUCAACCACCCGAAACCGGACUGGGCGACCCUGAAGCCGUUGAAGGAUGUGAAGCCCAUCGAGUACCCGAAACCGGACGGCGUGAUUAGCUUUGACCUGCUGGAGAGCGUGAGCAGGACCGGGACGAACCAUGAGGAGAACCAGCCGGUGCAUCUGAGGUUGCAGCGGGGGCCUGCGGAUCAGUUGGAGAAGAAUUAUCCGGUGUUUGGGGGGCCUGAACAGAAGUUCUGUCCAGCUGGAGUGUACGAAUACCUAGACGACGAAGCCAACCCCGGCCAGAAACGGUUCCAGAUCAACGCCCAGAACUGCAUCCACUGCAAGACGUGCGAUAUCAAGGAUCCAAGCCAGAACAUUGAUUGGACAGUUCCGGAGGGUGGAGGUGGUCCCAAGUACGCGUACACUUGAGCGGGUGUAUAUUGCUGUCCAGUCGUCAUCUGUACUUGAUUUCUCCAUGCGUCUGUCUCUUUGAUAAUACAGUACAUUCUGCAUUUGCCGUAAACCUAGCCGUUCCAUUGCAUGCAUUCCUCAGUGGUGUAUUUAGUCUCAAAAUAAUCCAUUCAAAACGUGUAUAUUGUACAAAAAGGUGUGAAGAGA